AUGGGUUCUUCUCAAAAAUGGUUUUGCGUGCUUCUUCUUAUCUUGAGUGUGGUGUUAGAAUUGAGUGUAGUUGCUUUUGGAGAUAGCAAGAUAGAAAAAGAGAGGUGGGGAGGUAAUGAUUGUGGAUUUGGAAGGAGAGGUUGUUUUGGUGGUGGACGUGGUGGAUUUGGAAGACCAGGAGGAAGAGGUCCUGGAUUUGGAGGUGGACGUGGACGUGGUGGAGGUUUUGGUGGAGGUGCUGGAGGAGGUCUUGGUGGUGGAGGUGGAGUAGGUGGAGGUGGCGGUUUUGGCGGUGGAGUUGGGGGUGGUGCAGGUAAAGGUGGAGGGUUUGGAGCAGGAGGUGGUGUUGGAGGAGGUGCGGGAGGCGGUGUAGGUGGAGGAGGAGGGUUUGGAGGAGGUGGAGGUGGUGGUGUUGGAGGAGGGUCAGGUCAUGGUGGUGGAUUUGGAGCUGGAGGUGGUGUAGGUGGUGGUGGAGGACUUGGUGGUGGUGCUGGUGGAGGAGGAGGAGGAGGUAGUGGUGGAGGCGGUGGCCUUGGAGGUGGUUCAGGUCAUGGAGGUGGGUUUGGAGCUGGUGGAGGUGUAGGUGGUGGUGCUGGAGGAAUUGGUGGAGGUGCUGGAGGAGGAGGUGGUGGCGGUGGAGGAGGAGGAGGUGGCAUUGGUGGUGGCUCUGGGCAUGGAGGAGGGUUUGGAGCAGGAGGUGGAGUAGGGGGUGGCAUUGGAGGAGGAGCAGGUGGAGGGGGUGGCGGCGGAGGAGGUGGAGGUGGAGGUGGUGGCGGCAUUGGAAGUGGUUCUGGCCACGGUGGUGGAUUCGGUGCAGGAGGAGGUGUAGGGGGUGGGGCAGGUGGAGGAGUUGGAGGUGGUGGAGGAUUUGGAGGUGGUGGUGGUGGAGGAGUAGGGGGAGGAUCAGGCCAUGGUGGUGGUUUUGGAGCUGGUGGAGGUGUAGGAGGUGGAGCUGGAGGCGGUGCAGGUGGUGGUUUAGGAGGUGGCCAUGGAGGUGGAAUUGGUGUUGGGGUUGGAGUAGGCAUUGGCGUAGGGGCUGGUGCUGGUGCUGGCAAGGGCGUUGGUGUUGGUAGUGGUUCCGGCAGCGGUGGAGAAGGUGGUGGACAGUAG